AUGAUUGCCAGCUCAUCGUUCACCGUAAUCAACUAUAUUAUUGUCGAUAUUCUGAGCAUACUCGUUGAGUUGUUCUUUGGUCACUAUGCGUUGACUGUGUUGCAGACAUGCACCGAUCUCAUGUGGGCUUUGUUCUUCCAUUUGGGGCUCAGCCUAAUCAGCUGUCUAUGCUUUCGGAAACGAAAAGAGAAACCGACGAAGGUCAUCUCGAUCACCCAAAUCAAUACUCGUCCAUCAAUAACUGCUGUGAAACACGAU